GAGCUGGCAGAGCGCAGCGCACGGUGCCACAGAGCCACCGCAUCCACCCAUGCGCCAUGUCUCCGGGAAUCAACGAAGAGCCCAAAAAAUGCACCACACAGAGGAGGGGCUUGGAGACCAUCGCCCCGUUGGUCCGCUCAGUUGAGGAGACCCCUGAGCCUAUCUCCACUGAGGUACAGGGCACCAUCCCCACAUGGAUCAAUGGAAAGCUGCUACGCAAUGGCCCGGGGAAGUUUGAGUUUGGAAACACUCACUAUAACCACUGGUUUGACGGGAUGGCAAUGAUGCACCAGUUCAACAUCCAAAAUGGUCAGGUGACCUACAUGAGCCGCUUCCUUCAAAGUGACGCCUAUAAGAAGAACAGUGAGAAAGACCGCAUUGUGAUGUCUGAGUUUGGGACUCUGGCCAUGCCCGACCCAUGUAAAAACUUCUUCCAGAGGUUUCUUUCUCGAUUUGAGAUGAUAGAACCCACAGACAAUGCCAGUGUGAACUUUGUCACAUAUAAGGGCGAUUACUAUGUCAGCACAGAGACCAACUUUAUGCACAGAGUCGACCCAGAAAACCUCGGCACAGUGGAGAAGGUAGACUGGAGCAAAUUCAUCGCCGUAAAUGGAGCCACGGCCCAUCCGCACUAUGAUCCAGAUGGCACUGCUUAUAACAUGGGCAACUCCUACGGCAGUAAGGGUGCUCUAUACAACAUCAUCUGUGUUCCCCCUGAGAAAAAAGAUGCAUCAGACACUCUGCAGGGAGCUAAAGUCCUCUGCUCCAUUGUCCCUGCAAACAAGUCCCAUCCUUCAUACUACCACAGCUUUGCUAUGUCGGAAAACUAUGUGGUCUUCAUUGAACAACCAAUUAAAAUGGACCUACUGAAGAUUGUCACAUGUAAACUCAGAGGAAAGGCUAUUGGUGAUGGCAUCUACUGGGAUCCUAAACUCGACACUGUGUUUCACUUAGUGAAUAAGAAAACAGGCGAGGUGAGCGCAGUGAAGUAUCACACCAAAGCCAUGUCCACCUUCCAUCAGAUCAAUGCGUUUGAGGAGGAUGGCCUCCUGAUGGUUGACCUGUGCUGUGCAGAUGAUGGAGAUGCCAUUAACAACUAUCUCAUCCAGAACCUGCGCAAGUCAAGAGAAGCAUUAGACCAGGUGUAUAAUACAUUGUGCAGGCCUUUCCCUCGACGCUUUGUUCUGCCUCUGAAUGUGACCAAUGACACACUGACAGGCCAGAACCUCAACACACGGUCUAACAGUGAGGCAACCUGUGUGAAAGUUAGCAAAGAUAAGGUGUUCUGUCAGCAUGAGGAUCUCCAUGGAGACGACCUGGUGAACUACGGUGGCCUGGAGUUCCCUCAGAUCAACUAUCGCAGAUGUAACACCAAACCGUACCACUACUACUACGGCUGUGGAUUCAGACAUCUUGUGGGAGACUCACUCAUCAAGAUGGAUCUGACCAACAAAACGUUUAAGGUGUGGUACCAGCAGGGCUUUUACCCAUCAGAGCCAGUGUUUGUGCCCACUCCUGAUGCCACGGAGGAAGAUGAUGGAGUAAUACUGUCCGUCAUCCUCACUCCCACACAAGAUAAAGGGACAUUCCUCCUCAUUCUUGAUGCCAAGACAUUUGAGGAGAUGGGAAGAGCCAAUAUACCUGUGAACAUUCCCUAUGGGUUUCAUGGUGCCUUCAAUGCCUCUGCCUAACAACAUUAAUGUCAGCUAUACCAGUAUAAACCACUAAUGCCUUAUCUAACCACUACUAUAUUUUACUCACAUUUUUAAACCAGUAUUCUCUUCAAUAACAACAAAAGGCUUGCCAGUAAAUUUCUGUAAAAAACUAUAACAAAAGGGAUACUAACAAGCCAUAUUAUAUAAUAAGAGCUUUUCCAAGCAUGUUUUAUAUGCACGUGUUAUAUUUUUGCUCACUCAGUGGCAUUUAAUGUUCUCACCAUAUAUUUUGAAAACGUUACCUUGUUAAUAACAAUGUAUUUGUUUUAAUACCAACUUGUAUCAAUAGCCAGUGAUUGUUAUUAUAGCAAAUUUGAUAAAACUGCAUAAAAUUUUAUAUUUUUAUAUCAUUAAAUUAUGUUUGUGACU